UCCUUCGACAAUUUGUAGCAUGCUAUAAUCUUUUUUUUUUUUUUUUCUCGUAUCAUCGUAUGGAUGCGCUCAAAUCCCAUGUCGAUCUGCAUCACAGUGGCAGUGAUGUCCCAGGGCAUACGACGUCAGAUGUGCAUGUCCCAGGCACCGUUCCGAAGCGGCCUGUCGUGAGGCUGGGUUUGGGCGCGUCCACGAGUGAAGAGUACGAUGAGCUAGCGGAGCACCUACGCACGCGUCGGCUCGGCCCCGCACAGCACCGUAUGCCUGUCUUUGCUUCCGCGUCCAGUGAUGAAGGUGAGCCAUCAAAACGAGGAUUUCGUGCCUGGACGCCCAUCAGAGGUUCUUCUGCCGUGCCUUCUGUAGUGUCCCCAUUCGGUAGUGCUUAUCUGCGUGAUGGUAUGCCAUCUGCUUCUCCCGUUUACAGCGUGUUGUCUAACUUUCAUCAUCACGUUUCGAACGCAGCGCCCGUGAAUGUGCUUUCGCACAAUGCAAUGCAGCCUCUUCCUAACUUGUAUGUGCAGUCAGGUUUUGCGCAGCCCACGGAUUGGCAAGCUAGGACAAGUGCUGGUCAUCAUGCUAUUGACCGCGGUAUGACAUUUGAGAAUGUUGUACUGGCGGGGGAAUGGGGGAACAUAGCGCCCUGCAUGGGGACAAUGAUGCCAGUCUCGUCUUUAUAUUCUUUCCCACGUUCAGAUAUGACACCGAGCGGACACUUCACUACAGAGAUGGCAAGCGGAACCCCAUCACAUUCACACCUUCCCCGUCAUAUGUCUACGAGCGCACAGUUGCAGACGGACGUCCACAUGUCGAAUAUGUUACGGGGGCUGCCUGUGUUUUCGUCCAUGUAUCAUGAGGAACCCUCCCAUGAAUUCCGACGGCCGGUUGCUGACAACCGUGAUGGUGACACUCAUAGCGUGGCACCUCCGUCUUGGAACGAUGCAUCCCGUCCUGCUUUUUUUGAAGGUCGGACGAUUGGUAGUGAAUUUUUGAAUGCAAUGCCGUCAUCGCCGUUGCAAGGUGUUCCGCAGUCUACUGGAUGCUAUUUGCAGCGUCAUCCAUCAUGCAUAUCAGGGCAUCCAGAUGACUCUGAUGUUAGUGGUCAUGCAGUGUUAUCGCAUCAAGGCGCAUCCCAGAGUGGUUCGUGUGAUGCACAAGGACCUCUCGAUUCGCAUGCCCCCUACCUGGCGGUGAGGUUUGAUUCUGGGCGUUCGGACUGCCCACCGGGGGGUGAAGACGUGCAUGUGUCAGGUGGCGAGUAUAUUACUGGAGGGGAAGUCCAUAUGGGUGUUUCUCCAUCUGAAGGUGCAUCAAGAAUGGUCGGAAAGGAGGCGGCAAUUGGCGGCGAGCAACGAUUGACAGCAGAUGAUGAUGUUGCGCAGGAGCGAUGUGCUGUGGGGGGCGAUGGAGGUUCUGAUGAUGGCAACGUGGACAAAUUUGCUGAUGCGGUGACUGGUUGUCAAUCACAGUUUGAGGAUGGUGAAUCGCUGCCGUCGGCAUCAGGUGUAGCUCCACAUGUCGUGUCUGGAGCGGUUGGCGUUGCAUCCACUCCUCCUAGCAAUGGCACGAACGUUUCCGAUCAACAGAGCGGCUCUCGAUGGGGGGACGGCGAGACUGUUAUGCUUGUCCGCCUGAAGUGUGAGGACAAGGUUUUCGUAGGAGUUGACUCUGAGAAGUUCGGAGUUGCAGCACACAAAAGACGUUCGUGGGUCGAUAUAAGUAAGAGGUUGACUGACGCAGGUUUCCCUCGGAGAGAUAAGGAAUGUAAAGACAAAUGGCAUAAUCUGCACAGGUUCUACAGAAGGGUGGUGGAUAACGACAGGCGGAGCGGGAAGCAGAGCUAUUGGGAUAUGACUCCGCGAGAAAGGGGUGCAAAAGGUAUGAAUUUCAUACUAAAAAGGGAGUGGUUCGAUAUGAUUGAUAAGGUUGACAAGACUAGCCCGUCGGUUAACCCAGGUCGUAUGACAGAUCCUGGGAUGGUGCAUGUUAGAGAUCGUUCGGGCGCUGCUGCGGCCGGGGGGGGUGGUAUGUCGGCGGGCGGGGAUGGAGGGGGUGCGGAGUGUACAGGUGACGGACAACGAGCGGGUGGUAUGUCGGCGGGCGGGGAUGGAGGGGGUGCGGAUGGUCCAUCGUACGACAUGGGCGGUGACUCCGAAGCUGUGCAAUCUGACAUGCCGCCGAAGCGAAAGCGAACAAUUCUAAGUGCCCGAGAGCAGAGCACACGAAGCAUCACGGCUGCUAUGCGGGAGCAUACGUCUUCUAUCACCAAGUCCGCGCUUGAUGUGUGCGAUAGGCAGGUGGCGAUGCAGCUAAAGGUGGCGAAGGGGGACAGAAAGGUCCGCCUGAGGACUGCUGACACAAUCGGGACGAAGGUAGAAGUCGGAUGCCAAGUGCUUGCGGAGGCUAUCAAGAGCAUUGGUACUACGGGGAGGCAAAGGCGACGAACAGACAUGAUGCAAUCCAGUGAUGAAGAAUAGUCGUCCCUAUUGCCUUCUGGCUUCGUUGCAGACUCUUACUUGCGUUGUUUGCAUAGUGGAAUGCGUGGAAGCG